AUUUGGUGAGGGGAGAGAGGUGGUUUUCUAUAAAUUGAACUUGGUUCCUGUUGAUCUUCUCUUUCUUCAGCAGCAUCACCUCUCCAGCUCUACUUUUCAGUACGCUAGUAUCAAUUGUCACAAUGAAGUUCACUCCAGCCCUUCUGUCUCUCUUGGCAGCUUAUGCGACUGCUUUUCCCAUAUCAUUAAAUCUCUUUGGCAAACGUGCCGGUGAUUUGACUUUGGAUACACAGAAUGACCUCGUCAAUGGAGCCCCAUGUGCACCUGUGACACUCAUCUGGGCACGGGGGUAAGCAUGAUAUAUAUAUCUUUACGUAAAGAAAUCUCGAUACUAACUUUGAAUAGAACUACAGCACCAGGAAACGUAGGAGCAUCAGAAUCUGUUGGCCCAUAUUUCUUUAGAGCAGUUGCUGCUGCCAUCGGAACAAACAACCUCGCUGUCCAAGGUGUUACCUACUCUGCCAGUAUUCUGGGGUUCUUGCAAGGUGGUGAUGGACCUGGAUCAACAACGAUGGCAAACUUGGUGGAACAAGCUUACAGACAAUGCCCAAACACCAAAGUAGUCAUGUCCGGCUUCAGGUAAAUUCUUCAUUCUCGUAUGUGAUACAGAAAAUACACUAACUUCAAUUAGCCAAGGUGCUCAAAUUGUGCACAACGCAGCAAGGCAAUUAUCAGCUGUAUCAACUAACAAAGUCGCAGCCGGUAAGUCUCUAUUAUUUACUCUUCUCAAACGAACUCUAACCAGGACAUAAAGUCGUCCUCUUCGGUGACCCAAUGUUCGGAGCGGCUGUCGGAACAAUUGCAACAUCCAAGAUCCGAGUUUUCUGCAACGACGGUGACAAUAUUUGCGCUGGCGGUAUUCUCAUCCUCACACCUCAUACAACAGUAAGAAUCAAACUUCCAAGUUUUUGCAAUAAAGCUAAUACUCUAAAGUAUCGAGAAAACGCACCAGAAGCCGCACAAUUCGUCAAGGCGCGCGUUGGAUUAUAAAGGUCGGAGAGGUAAGAAGAGGAUUGAGUUUCUGAAUAAUGAUUAAUUUACGACCGGUUGGGAUGGUUUUUGAUAUACCAAUGAAUGGGUUGGUGUAACAAGGGUUGGUUGGGUUUAUCCGGAAUGAAAGGGAAGGUUUGGGAGUACUGGUGGAGUUUUGGGUCAAUUUCAAAUCAUACCGCUUCGAUAUGCGGAGAUAUUUUCAUACGCAGAAUAUAAAAG